CUCACAAGUCGUGAGCGCUAGUUCGUAGAAAUGAUGUGCAAUGGUGAGUUCCUUCAAAAGGAACCCGAAGAAGCUCUUGAGUUUCUCAUUGAGCUUGCUGAAAAAUCUCACACAUGGACUGGUCCAAGUGCUGCUGAAAGCACCAACAGAAAUCGACCAGCUGGGAUUUACCAACUUCGGGAAGAGGACAGCUUAAAGGCCCAAGUCGAAUCUUUAAAAAAGCAAAUUGAAAUCCUUACGACUAAAGAUGGCCAAAAAGGGUGCAUGGUUGCCCAAGCACAAUCCAGACCACUCGAACCUUGUUUCGUUUGUGGAGAAAAUGGGCAUUUAGCUAAGGACUGCUUAGUUUACAAAGAAAUGAAGGGGGUUCAUGAGGAGCAAUGCAAUGCCUUAGGGCAAUAUAACAAGCCAUUCUCCCAUACGUACAACCCUGGUUGGAGAAACCACCCGAAUUUCAGUUGGAGAGAUAACUCUAACCAAGCUCAAACGUCUGGAGGACAAUGGAGAAAUGAGAAUCAAGCUCAACCUCCAAAGGCAUAUCAUGCACCUCAAUACCAUGCUCAACAACAAGGAAACUCCCUUGAAAAUACCAUUCAUGCAUUCAUUGAGGAACAAACGAAAAUCAAUCGCCAAUUAAAGGAAGAUGUCCAAGAAAUAAAAAGUCAAUUUUCAAAAUUGAACACAUCCUUAGCUAUUUCUGAGAAAGGCAGACUUCCUUCCCAACCUCAAUUCAAUGCACAAGGGCAACAUAUGGCUGAAACCUCCACCUCUAAUGAUCCCAUCGUUAAAGGGGUUAACGUCAUCACAACAAGAAGUGGUAAAGCUUUGGAAGAUCCAUCCAUCAAAACCACUACUUCAAAUUCAAAAGUUUCCCCUGACAGUGCACCGAUAAAUGCUCAAGCAAAAGUACCAUUUCCCCAGGCUCUUAGACCUGUUGGAAAAAUUCCUGAAAACCGAGCUGAACUCCUUGAGCACUUGACACAAGUGAAGAUUAAUCUUCCUUUGCUUCAUAUCAUAAAACAAGUGCCAGCUUAUGCCAAAAUCAUCAAGGACUUGUGCACUGCUAAGAGAAAGCACCAUGUCAAGAAGACUGCUUUCUUGACUGAACAAGUGAGUGCGGUGAUCGAACAAAAGACACCGCCAAAAUACAAAGAUCCUGGUUGUCCCACCAUUUCAUGCCAAAUUGGGACUCAUGAAGUCAGCCAAGCUUUGCUUGACCUUGGCGCGAGUGUGAAUCUCAUGCCUUACUCUGUGUACUCGCAACUUGGUCUUGGAGAAAUGAAGCCAACAUCUGUUGUGCUGCAGCUUGCUGACCGCUCUAUCAAAAAGCCUCGGGGUAUCGUUGAGGAUGUUCUUGUUCAAAUUGAGAAAUUCUAUUAUCCCGUGGACUUCCUUGUUCUGGAUACUCAAUCUGUGGUCAACAUGGAAUCCAAAAUUCCCAUCAUCCUUGGAAGACCAUUCCUUGCCACUGCAAAUGCUUUGAUCAAUUGUCGUAAUGGUCUAAUGAAAAUAUCAUUUGGAAAUAUGACACUUGAGGUCAACAUUUUUCACAUUGGGAAACAACUUCAAGAGGAUGAAGAAUGUCAUCAAACAUUCAUGAUUGACAAUCUUGUUUCUGAAGAGAUUCAAUUGCAAAGAAAUUUCGUUAAUCUUGAUGAACUCCUCUCACGCCUUGAAAAUGAAAAUCCCAGUUUUGUUGAGUCCGCUCUUGCUACCGUUGAUCAAUUGGACACACAAAACAAAGGGAAGAAAUUUUGGAAGCCACACUUUGAAGCAUUACCUCGUGAGAGGGAAACGCUAAAAGCUUCUGCCGAAGAACCUCCCAAUGUUCAACUGAACCAACUUCCAAAGGGUUUGAAACAUGUUUUUCUGGGAGAUGGCCAAACCUUUCCAGUUAUCAUCUCGUCCGACCUUCAACUUUCUCAAGAAUUGCAGUUACUCGAGCUACUGCGAAAAUACAAACUUGCGAUAGGUUGGACGUUUGCUGAUAUCAAAGGUAUUAGCCCUCGAAUUUGCACCCACCGAAUUAAUCUAGAAGAAGAAGCUAUCCCACGAAGGGACCCUCAAAGAAGACUGAACCCACCAAUGAAAGAAGUGGUGAAAAAUGAAGUGUUAAAACUUCUUGAUGCUGCUAUCAUUUACCCGGUGGCCGAUAGCAAAUGGGUCAGUCCAGUUCAGGUAGUACCUAAGAAAUCAGGUGUUACUGUUGUCCAAAAUGAAAAAGGGGCCCUUGUUCCCACCAAAACUGUGACGGGUUGGCGCAUGUGCAUUGAUUAUCGAAAAUUGAAUGCCGCCUCCCGUAAAGAUCAUUUCCCACUCCCAUUCAUUGAUCAAAUUCUUGAGCGCGUAGCUGGUCAUCCUUUCUACUGCUUUCUCGAUGGUUAUUCAGGUUACUAUCAAAUUGAGAUUGCAUUAGAGGACCAAGAGAAGACCACUUUCACUUGUCCUUUUGGAACAUAUGCUUUCCGGCGUAUGCCAUUUGGACUGUGUAAUGCACCAGCUACUUUCCAAAGAUGCAUGAUGAGUAUUUUCAGUGACAUGAUUGAAAACACCAUGGAAGUUUAUAUGGAUGACUUAACCGUCUUUGGAAAAUCUUUUGACGCAUGCCUUCUCAAUCUUGAGGCUGUUUUAAAACGUUGCAUCGAGAAAGGUCUUGUGCUUAAUUGGGAAAAGUGUCAUUUUAUGGUAUCUUCUGGAAUUGUCUUAGGCCACAUUGUUUCUGAAAAAGGGAUUGAGGUUGAUCAAUCUAAAAUUGACCUCAUCUCUAAACUUCCUACCCCUAAGACUGUCAAAGACAUUCGGUCAUUUCUUGGCCAUGCUGGUUUUUAUAGGAGGUUCAUAAAGAAUUUUUCAAUGAUUUCUCGUCCAUUAUGCAACCUCCUAGCCAAAGAUGCUACUUUUGAGUGGACCCCAAAGUGUGAGGAGUCCUUCCAAACACUUGUGAAUUCACUCACUUCUGCUCCCAUUAUUCAAUCACCCGAUUGGAGUCUUCCUUUUGAAAUCAUGUGUGAUGCCAGUAAUUUUGCUGUUGGAGCUGUUCUUGGACAACGAAGGGAGGGGAAACCUUUUGUUGUCUACUAUGCAAGUAGAACUCUUAAUAGUGCUCAAAUGAACUAUUCCACAACUGAAAAAGAGUUGCUUGCCGUUGUCUUUGCUCUUGACAAAUUUCGAGCUUACCUGAUUGGAUCACCUAUUACGAUCUUCACCGAUCACUCUGCCCUUAAGUACCUCCUUUCCAAAAAGGAUGCUAAGGCACGCUUAAUAAGGUGGAUCCUUCUCUUGCAAGAAUUUGACAUAACAAUCAAAGAUAAGAAAGGUGUUGAAAAUGUAGUCGCGGAUCACUUGUCCCGACUUGAAUUUAGUGAUCCCGCUGAUGGCCCACCUAUUCAUGAUGAUUUCCCCGAUGAACAAUUAUUCGUUGUUACUAAGUUACCGUGGUAUGCGCACAUUGUUAACUACUUAGUAACUGGUGAGCUCCCUUCUGAGUGGAGUUCACAAGACAAACGCAAAUUCUUGGUCGAGGUGCGAAAUUUCUUUUGGGAUGAUCCAUACUUAUUCAAGUAUUGUCCCGACCAGAUUAUGCGAAAAUGCAUUCCCGAUGAUGAGGUGUCUAGUGUGCUAAAUUUUUGCCACAAUGAUGCUUGUGGUGGUCACUUUUCUGUGAAGAAAACCGCUGCAAAAAUCUUACAAUGCGGUCUUUACUGGCCCACUUUGUUCAAAGACACCAAUGAUUUUUGUCGCUCUUGUGUAAGGUGCCAAAAGUUAGGCUCCUUGUCCCGUCGGCACAUGAUGCCCUUGAACCCAAUUCUUGUCAUUGAAGUAUUUGAUUGUUGGGGGAUAGACUUUAUGGGACCAUUUCCACCUUCUUUUGGUUACCUUUACAUCCUUCUUGCUGUGGAUUAUGUUUCAAAAUGGGUCGAGGCAGUACCUUGUCGAAAUAAUGAUAACGCGACUGUUGUGAAAUUCUUAAAAGAAAAUGUGUUAUCGAGGUUUGGUACCCCUCGCGCUAUCAUUAGUGAUCAAGGCACUCAUUUUUGCAACCGAUCUUUUGAGGCUCUUAUGCGAAAGUACGGUGUACUUCACAAAGUUGCCAAUGCCUAUCAUCCACAAACCAAUGGUCAAGCUGAGCUAGCUAAUAGGGAGAUCAAAAACAUUCUUGAAAAGACGGUAAAUCCCGACCGCAAAGAUUGGUCAACACGUCUUCAAGAUGCACUUUGGGCAUAUCGCACUGCUUACAAGUCCCCUCUUGGGAUGUCUCCCUAUCGGCUUGUCUAUGGGAAAGCAUGUCAUUUACCUGUCGAACUUGAGCACAAAGCUUAUUGGGCUAUUAAGGCCCUGAACUUCGAUCUAAGUGCGGCAGGUAUGAACCGAAAACUUCAAUUGUCUGAAAUUGAGGAGUUGAGAAAUGAUGCUUACGAUAAUUCUAGGAUCUACAAAGCAAAGCUGAAAGUUGCUCACGAUAAACAGAUCCUAAGAAAACAUUUUGAGCCGAAUCAAAAAGUACAUUUGUACGAUUCUCGUUUGCAUCUCCACCCCGGUAAGUUGAGAUCGAGGUGGACUGGUCCAUAUGUGGUUAAACAAGUAUUCCCCAACGGUUCUGUUGAAGUCAAGGACCCAACCGAUGGGAGAAUUUUUCGAGUCAAUGGCCAGAGACUGAAACAUUACAUUGAGAGUGUGAGCCUUGUUGAAGAGGUCCUUCUUGAGGACCCAGAUUAUACACUCUGAAAUGUUUAUUUUCCCUAUCUAUAUAUUAUAGUAUUUUAUUUUAUUUUUAUUUUUAUUUUGUGUUUUUGUAUUUUUGUAUUUUCUAUGUUUGUUUUGGGUUACUGUUAUCAGGUUAUCUCCACUCUCACCCCGUGCAUAUUAUCGUCGAUCAGGUGUACUCUUUUCCCUAUCUUUUUCAUUUCAUAUUUUUUGUGACAUUGAGGACACUGUCUAAUUUUGAGUUGGGGGUGGUGAGCUCUGGUGAGCGUUCAUUUAGAGAAUUAUAAUUGUCUUGUUGAAUUUUUUAAGUCAAAUUUUUUCAAAAUUAUCCAAGCAUGAUAGUAAAAUUACAGUUUGAGUCAAUAUUUGCUAUAUUUUGUUACCAAGUUGUGAUUUUCAGAGUUCUUUUGUGCACUUUCCAAACAUGUGGUAAAAUAGUUGUAAACACAUAUAGUUAAGAAAAAUUUUGAGUGUAAAGUUUUUCAUUUUUUGUGAGUUGUGAGAGUUGAGAAAAUAACUUUUUGAACUUUCAUUGAUCAUUUGAGUUGGUAAAGUUAAACUUUUAGAAUUUCAAACAUGACAUUUACUAGAGGGAUUAAUUUAUUGUCAAAAGAGCCUUUGUGUUUAUUUCUUUGUAACUUUAUUAUAUUUCUUUAUAUCUUUAUUUUUAUAUGUUGUCUCUUGUCAAAAAAAAAAAAAGAAGAAGAAAAAAAAAAGUAAAAAAAAAAAAAAUCGUCAAAAAAAUAUAUAUAAUGAAAAAAAAAAAAAAA